GACAUCGCCCAGGUGAGGCCCUUAGCCUAUGUACCAAUCUCAAAAGUUCAAAAUUUCUCCCAACAAUCUGGUCCGAAGCCUACAAAUCUCAUUAUCCUUCGUGUAUUUUUCGCCGAUUCAUCUCCCUCGGCCUCAAUUGUGUCCUGGAUGAUCGGCUUCCGAUACGCUAGAAAACCUCCCAGUUAAUUGAAUAGAGGAAGUGCCGCAGUUAUUGGGCACGGAGGAGAGGAUGCAUGCCCCUAAAUUUCGCUCCGUUUUCAAUGGUCUCUGCACUCUGAUUCUUCUUUUAUUCUUCUACAACCGAGAGGACGUUCUCCGAACCCCCCGCCUACGCAAAAGCUCCAGUUUUGGCUCUCCUUGGGGGCUUCCGAAAUCCUCCCCCAAUUUCCACCGGCAUCUCUUCGAGCUUUCUUUGAGUAAUUCGUCGCGUAUAAUCCAAUCGAAUGAUCUGGAGAAUCCAACGGAGGCUUGCUCCGGGAUAGCCCGGCACGAGGGCACUCGGUGCGAUUUCCUUAAGUCGCACCCCCAGUGUGGUUCUGGUGGGUUUAUCGAUUACAUCACCUUCUUUUACUGCGACUGUGAGGAAUUUCAAAUCUUGGGUUAUGCUGUUCUUACCUUGUGGCUUCUCGCUCUGUUUUAUCUAUUGGGCAAUACAGCUGCCGAUUACUUCUGCUGCAGUCUUGCGAAGCUCUCCGCUUUAUUGAAGCUUCCACCUACUGUUGCUGGUGUAACCUUACUUCCGCUUGGAAAUGGGGCUCCCGAUGUUUUUGCCAGCAUUGCGGCCUUUGUGGGAACUGGAGCUGGGGAGGUUGGUAUUAACAGCGUGCUUGGUGGUGCACUCUUUGUUACUUGCAUAGUUGUGGGUGUUAUUUCCUUAAUCAUUGCUGGGAAAAAUGUUCAAAUCGAUCGAAAAUGUUUUAUAAGGGAUAUUGGAUUCUUCUUAUCAACUUUGGCGGCCUUGUCGUUGAUCUUGAUUGUUGGGAAGAUUAGUUUUUGGGGAGCAAUCAUGUUUGUUUUGAUCUACGUGAUUUAUGCCUUUGUGGUUACAGCAAAUGAGAUUCUGAGGAAGCAUGCAAAGAGCUUGAAGUUGAAUCUUGUGACUCCCUUGCUUCCUGUUGCAGGGACCUUCUUUUCUGUUGCAAAUGAGGAGGAUGAAUCUAUGUCUAGACCUCUGGUUGAUUAUGAAUUCAAUGAUGAUGUGCCUCAACUGCAUAGUAGCUUGCCUCAGUGGAUGUGGGCUUCUAAUGUGGCAAUAUACUCAAACUGUAGGCACAAGGGUGGUCCAGCUAAAAAUUCAAAUCCUUUAUGGGGAUGGAAUGAAGAUGAAAAGGAACGAGAUAUUGUGUUUUCCUUUAGUAAGCUUUUCUUAAUUUUUGAGGUUCCACUUUCGCUUCCAAGGAGGCUGACAAUUCCAGUCGUUGAGGAGGAAAGAUGGUCUAAAAAGUAUGCAGUUGCUAGUGCAGCAUUGGCACCUUUUCUUCUUGCAUUUUUAUGGAGUUCUGGAGAACCUGUGGGUUCCAAUGUUACUUUAGCUGCUUAUGUGUUGGCUGGCGUUGUAAGCAUUUCACUAGGGACUUCUGCUUUCUUCUUAACUAAUCAUGACUGCCCACCACAGCGGUUCUUGUUUCCCUGGGUUUUUGGAGGCUUUGUGAUGAGCAUUGUCUGGUUUUAUAUAGUUGCCAAUGAGUUGGUUUCUCUUUUCCUCGAUUUGGGUGUGAUAUUGGGUAUCAACCCUUCCAUUCUUGGAUUGACAGUUAUGGCAUGGGGUAAUUCCAUGGGUGACUUGAUGUCGAAUAUUGCUUUAGCUUUGAGAGGUGGCGAUGGCGUGCAAAUCGCCAUCUCUGGUUGUUUUGCAGGUCCCAUGUUCAAUAUCCUUGCUGGUCUUGGUAUAUCUAUGUUGGUUGGAGCCUGUUCAGUUGCUCCUUCUUCAUAUCUCCUUCCGGUCGACAGCUCCUUGAUCUAUACAAUGAGUUUCCUCAUUGCUGCGCUUGCCUGGGCUCUGCUUAUCUUACCAAGAAAUGACAUGCAACCUAGCAAGUUGUUAGGGGUUGGCCUGGGGGUGCAACCGAGUCAAGCCGGCUUGCGAGCCGGCUUGGGCUCGACGAGUCAAGCUUAUCAAGCUCAAACAAGAGUUCGAGGUCGACGGCUAAUUGAGCUCGAGCUUGAACACUUGGCUGCUCGACUCGAUAGCUCGUCGAGUAGCUUGCGUAAGAGGUGCGGGAUUCACCAUGAGAGCGGGCUUCGCCGCUAGAGCGGGUCGCGACAGUGGGCUUCGCCGCAAGAGCGGGUCGCAGAAGCGAACUUCUCCGCGAGAGCGGGAGCGAGCUUUGCAGUGGGAGUCGGAGCGGGAGCGAGCUUCGCAGCGAAGCUCCAGCGGGAGCGAGCUUCGCUGCGGGAGCAGGAGCUCGACGAGCCGCUCGACUCGACUUGUUUCGUGAGACGAGUCAAGCUUGAGCUCGAGUUCGGUAUUUGGCAGCCAAGCUCGACUCGAAUAACCUCUGGCUCAAGCUCGACUUGACUCGUUUGCACCCCUUGUAGAGCCAAAGUUCAACAUAGUUGUUGGUUAUGGUUUGUCUAUGCUGUUUGGAGCCUGGUCAGUUGCAUCUUUUUCACAUCUCCUUCCAAUACACCGUGAUAUCUGCUUAUCUUACUGAGUAACUCGCAAACUAGCAUUUGUUAGUGAUGUUUCUUUGCAAGAAUAGUUGACACAACCUUCUCUUCUUCUUCUUACUUGCAUUGAGCUUAUUAUAAAGAAUUGAUGCUCUUUUUUUGCAA